CGCGUUCUCUAUUGACUUCAGUUUAGCUCUAAUAGAUUAAGCAAACAAUGUGUCAUCAAAAAUGCAGCUACACGGAAAAGACCGGCGUGCGUUGUAUUGUCUUUCGAAGUUGAUAUCAGUGUUUUUGGGAGGCUUGAAAAUGCACGCGCUUGAGAGACGCUGAAGAGACAUUUAACCUCGACACGCCUUGCAACAAAACCGAAGCAAAUUGUCCCGCGUUAUGUGGAAAAAACAAAAAACAAAUUGCAAUUCAAAACAGUUUAACAAAUAUUUGAAGCCUGUAAGUAAAGAAAGGCUUGCUUGUCUGGUAUUUCGGAAGUGUUUGUUUGAGUCUCCGUUUACGUAAACCCGACCACGGACAAAAAUAAGAAUACUGCUCAGAAACAAACAUUCCAAAACAUGGAGAUCAAAUGCACAGCCGCUCCAUGCUGUGCUGUUACAGACUGGAAGGUCACGUAGGCCUUCUGACCAGAUGCUUUUAUGCUGUCCCACGGGCUGGAGUUGAAGCGGAAUGGCGAUCGUGCCUGUGCUGUUGCUGCUAUAGCCAACGCCGGGGCCUGUUUUCCCAAGCAAGAUCCCGAGCGCGGCGGGGGAGGUCACAUGAUCUCCACGGACGACCUGGAGUACCCGCGGGAGUACCGCACGCUGGGCAACGGCACGCGGCGCUUCUCCAACGUGGGGCUGGUGCACACGUCCGAGCACCGGCACACCGUCAUCGCCGCGCAGAGCCUGGAGGCGCUGACCGGCCUGCAGAAGGCCGACAUGGAGCGCAAGCGCGACGCCUUCCUGGACCACCUCAAGAACAAGUACCCGCCGCAGCACCCGCCGUCCCCCUCCCCGUCCCACGGCAGCAUGAGGGGGGCGCCCGAGCGCGCCCGCGACCGAGACCGCGACCGCGAACGCGAACAGCAACAGCCGAACUACUGGAGCUUUAAGACGCGUAGCCCCCGGCACUCCCAGUCCACGCAGUCGGGCCUGGCUGACCAGGCCGCCAAGCUGUCCUUCGCCUCGGCCGAGUCGCUGGAGACCAUGUCGGAGGCAGACGUCCCGCUGGGGUUCAACCGAAUGAACCGCUUCCGGCAGAGCCUGCCCCUGUCCCGCUCGGCCAGCCAGACCAAGCUGCGCUCCCCAGGCGUGCUCUUCCUGCAGUUCGGGGACGAGACGCGGCGGGUGCACAUCACGCACGAGCUGAGCAGCCUGGACACGCUGCACGCGCUCAUCGUGCACAUGUUCCCGCAGAAGCUCACCAUGGGCAUGCUCAAGUCGCCCAACACCGCCAUCCUCAUCAAGGACGAGGCACGCAACGUCUUCUACGUGCUGGAGGACGUGCGCGACAUCCAGGACCGCAGCAUCAUCAAGAUCUACCGCAAGGAGCCCAUCUACGCCUCCUACCCCGCCGCCCACCUGGCCAACGGCGACCUGCGGAGGGAGAUGGUGUACUCGUCCCGCGACUCCUCCCCAACCCGCCGCCUCAACAGCCUGCCCUCCUCGGCCUCGCCCCCCUCCGGCUCGCCGUCCCGCUCCCGCCUGUCCUACGGCGGGGGGCGCCCCCCUUCCUUCUCCGGGCCCGGGGGCCACCCGGGCCAGCAGCCGCACCACCCCCACCACCCGCACCAGCCCCACCCGCACCACCCGCAGGCGGGCCACCCGGCGGGCGGCGGCGGCGGCGGCGGCGGCCUCUCCCCGUCGCCCAGCGCCAUCCUGGAGCGGCGCGACGUGAAGCCGGACGAGGAGGUGUCCGGGAAGAACAUGGUGGUGCUGAAGAACGAGGGCCUCUACGCCGACCCCUACGGCCUGGUGCACGAGGGCCGGCUCAGCAUCGCCUCCACGCAGUCGCUGGCCGCCAUCGGCGACCCCUUCGGGUUCCCCGUGUCCGGCGGCCUGUACCGCCGCGGCUCCGUCCGCUCGCUCAGCACCUACUCCGCGGCCGCCCUGCAGGGGGAGCUGGAGGAGGCGCUGUACAAGCCCGGCGGGCCGCUGUACGCGGACUCCUACGCCUCCACGCUGGGCAUGGGCUUCCGCCUGCCGCCCUCCUCGCCGCAGAAGAUCCCGGACAUGCAGCUGCGCGACCGGGACGCGUACUCGGGCCCGCCCAGCCGCGCCUCGCCCGUCCGCCAGACCUUCCGCAAGGACUCCGCCUCCUCCGUCUUCGUGGAGAGCCCCAAGUCCCGCCCCGGCUCCGGGUCCGACCCGCUCGGCGGGGGCGGGGGCGUGGGGGAGGGGCCGAGGGGGACCGGGUACGGCUCCCCGCUGCCCGGCAACGAGACGGAGACGCGUGAGCGGAUGGAGGCCAUGGAGAAGCAGAUCGCCAGUCUGACGGGUCUGGUGCAGAGCGUGCUCACCCGCGGCCCCGACAGCGACAGCACAGAGAAGACUGAGUCCACUAGCGACGGCUCUGCCACAGGAACUCUCACUCCCUCCGCCCCCCUGGCCCUGAUGCCGCCGCCCCCUCCCUGCGGAGAAACGCAGACCGACAGUGACACGCGGCUGCAGAUGCAGCUGCACCUGCGCGACCUGCAGCAGAACGCCUUCGAGCUGCGCAGCCAGCUGUCCCAGCUGCGCAAGCUGCAGCUCCAGAACCAGGACUCGGUGCAGACGCUGCUGAAGCGCACAGAGACGGAGAUCAGCGUGCGGGUGACGGACGCCCUGCGCAAGCAGGAGGACCCCCUGCAGAGACAGCGCCUCCUGGUGGAGGAGGAGCGGCUGAAGUACCUGAACGAGGAGGAGCUCAUCAUCCAGCAGCUGCAUGACCUGGAGAAGUCGGUGGAGGAGAUCCAGAAGGACUCCUCCGUGAACCACAAGCACGCGACGGUCCAGGAGCUGGAGGAGAAGGCCGUGGUGCUGAGGAAGCUAGGAGAGACGCUCACUGAGCUCAAGAACCAGUUCCCCAGCUUGCAGAGUAAGAUGCGGGUGGUGCUGAGGGUGGAGGUGGAGGCCGUGAAGUUCCUGAAGGAGGAGCCGCACCGACUGGAUGCCCUGCUGAAACGCUGCAAGUCCAUCACCGACACACUGGCUACCCUGCGCAGGCAGGUGAAUGAGGGCUCCAUAUGGAAGAGGCACGAGGACUUUUCCGGCUCGGCCCCCAGGCAGAGUGAGGACGUGGGGAAGGGCGCGGCGGAUUUGGACGUCCCCACGAGCCCGCCCCUGAGCCUGGGCGACGUCGGGGACGCCUCCGGCCUGAGCAGCUGGACGCCCCACGCUGGCUCCGGAAGCCCCUCCGGCCCCCACCGCGACCGCGACUCCUACCCGCCCGUCCCGGCCAAGAGCCGCGCCCUGGAGGAGCUCUCCGCCCGCCGCGGCCCCGCCGACAAGUCCGUGUCGGUGGAGGUCAGACUGGCCGCGGAGCGGGACUGGGAGGAGAAGAGGGCCAGCCUGACUCAGUACAGCACGCAGGACAUCAACCGGCUGCUGGAGGAGACGCAGGCCGAGCUCAUGAAGGCCAUCCCGGACCUGGACUUCGCCGCCAAGCAGAUCAAGCCCCCGGUGCCCGCCCCCCCGGCCCUCCAGAGCCUCCCCCCGUCCCUCCAGAACCUGGCCCCCACCCCGGAGCACCGCCCCAGCAAGCCGCAGUCCCACCUCCACAAGCUGCCCAGCAAGGAGCCCGGCUCUCGCCGAGGGUCAGACGAGCUGACGGUGGCCCGGUAUCGUACGGAGAAGCCCUCCAAGUCGCCCCCUCCCCCGCCGCCCCGCCGCAGUUUCCCAUCAUCCCCUGGGCUCACCUGCCGCAGCGGCGAGGUCAUCGGGCCCGGCAAGAGCAUGAAGAAGUCUGAGUCGGAGGAGGCGGAGUCGGCGAAGCCGCACGUCAAGCUUCGGCGGACGGUGUCGGAGGCGCCCCGCCCGGCCUCCACACCCCCCGCCAUCGCCUCGGGGGCGAAGGACGAGGAAGAGGAGGAGCAGAAGAACGUGGCGGAGGUGUUACUGAGACCCCCCAUCAAAGCAUUCCCUCUCCCCCAGUCCCUGUGCAGGACCAGUGCCCCGCCCUCCAGCCUGGACCUGUGGCCCCCAGGGGCCCUGGGAUGGAAGUCCCCAGCGUCAGUGGAGCGGUCCUGUUUGCUGCAGGAUCCAAACACACUGGAUCAGCACCGCAAACGCACACCCAGACGGGCCCCCCAGCUCCAGGAUGUUUCAAUGAGUAGCUGGUCCAAUCGAGUCAUGCAGGAUGGAGUCAUAGCAGGAAGUGACAUCACAACAGGAAGUUACAUCAUAGCAGGAAGUGACCUCACUACAGGAAGUGGCAGCAGCUGUGUCAGUGACGCUCACCAUAACGUACAGGCCCAAACACGGCAUUGGUCGGUCUCAAGGGACUCCCGACCUUCUCAGGAGGUCCCUGAAGGCCGGGAACCCUGGGAAGAGCUGGGCCUCCUUGUUACAGAGAGGGAGGUGAGGGUGCUGUCCAGAGCAGAGGCCCAGAAUGUCAUCAGGGAGAGAGGGGAAGAGGUACAGACUAUGACUGUCCCAGUCCAGACCCCGGGUGAGGGCGGAAGUGUCCACAGCGUCCCUGACCUGAGCCGCGCUCCAUUGGUCCUGCUCUUUACGGAGCCUGUGUGCGCCGGCGAGGCCUACCGCCUCCUGCUGGCCAUGCUGGAGAAGGGCCGCGAGCCGGGCCAUCCUGAGCCUGCGGAUCCCUCAGGGAGGCAGGCCGCCAGUCACGGGGCCGUGGAGCUCCAGACCACCCCCGGGGCCCGGCCGGCCCACAGGCAGCUCGGCCAGCUGAAAGAGGCGGUGAAGCUGGGGAUAAGAACGGGACAGAGGACCCUGGAAGUCCCCGUCACAGCGGGGAUGGAGGGCGUGGCGGCUGGCCUGACCAGGGAAACCCUGCCGAAGCCUGCUAUCUCUGAGCCAGGCCAGGCCAAAGCAGACCAGCCUGGAUCAGACCAGGCACAAGCAGGCCAGGCAGAAGUAGGCCGGUUCAGGAGGUCCCUGGGGGAGGACAUCCGGAGCAGUACCUACAGGCGGCUGGGAAGCCUGGAGGAGACCAUCCGCGAUCUGGAGCACGCCCUGCAGGAGUUCGGGGUCCCCCCCUCCGUGCCCGUUGACCCCCCAGGCUCGACAACCACGCCCUCCCCCAACAAGACCCGGCCACCCGUCCCACCGAAGCCCAAAUCCAAGGCCUUCGCCAUCCAGCCAACCGCGACCAAGAGUGGCAGCAGCAGCAGCAGUCCCGCCGUUCCCGCUAAGCCCCUCCACUCCUCCACCGCCGCCUCUCGCCUCAAGCACCUGCAGCAGAGCAGCUCGGAGAAGGGCAAGACGGGCAAGCUGCGAGACGACUUCCUCAAGAACCAGGGCCAGCAGGCUCUCAGCAGCGGUGUCAGGGCCGUGGAGCCCCUCCUCUCCAGCGCUCGGACCGUCAGCUUCUCGGGCCGGCUGCCCUCCUCCGCCCUCCCAUCCUCCUCCUCCUCUUCCUCCUCCGUCGGCGUCUUCGGCGCGGGCCUGAAGCGGUACCCCCAGGAGGGGGCGCUGUCGUCGCUGUCGGCCUCCACCGGGCCGGCCAAGGCCCUGCUGGCCAGCCUGUCCGCGUCCAGCCUGGGGGCCGAGGCUCUGCUCCUGUCCUCCACGCUCCGCCACCACCGGCUCCUCCGGGAGCAGCGCGCCUCCUCCUCCUCCUCCGCCUCCUCCCCCCUGCCCAACGGCCGGCCCUCCGCCAUCACCACCUCCUCGUCGCCGACCUCCACCUCCUCCUCCUCCUCCUCUUCCGCCUCCUCCACGCCCCCCUCGCCCUCCCCGCUGGCCUCCCUCACCCUCUCCUCGCUGGGCCUCAAGUCGGCCACGCGGAGCCUCCAGUACUCCGGCCUCCAGGGCCUCCAGGAGCCCAGAGGCAGGCCCCUCCCCAAGCCCGUGCCCCCGGGGAGCUCUGAAUGAGCACAGAGAGGCACCAUCAUGCUGCAACCACGAGAGAAAGCACAUAGAACUGCCCCCAAACACGCACAAGAAUACCCCUAUGACACAGGAAUGUCCCUGUUACACACACAGAAAUGUCCCUAUAACACGCACAGAAAUGUCCCUAUAACACACACAGAAAUGUCCCUAUAACACACACAGGAAUGUCCCUAUAACACACACCAGAAUGCCCCUAUAACACACACAAGAGUGUCUCUAUAACACACAGAAAUGUCCCUAUAACACACACAAGAGUGUCUCUAUAACACACACAGGAAUGU